AUGUCCGAGCUUCAAACGUCGGUCCAAACCAUCCUGGACAAGUACACGUCCGGCAACGGCGCUUCGAACGUUCCCGGCGCCGUCGCUUACAUCUCGGACACCAAAGGCAAUGAGGUUGCCUGGGCGUCCUCCGGGCGCAUCUCCAUCGCCGAGCCCAACCCCAUGAAGAAGGACACGAUCUUUUGGAUCGCCUCUUGCUCCAAGCUUCUCAUCUCCAUCGCAGCGCUUCAGCUGGUCGAACGCGGGCAGCUGAACCUCGAUGAUCCCAUUGAUAAAUUCCUUCCCGAAGCAGGCGAGCUCAAGAUGCUGUCGGACGGGUCUGCACCUCGCAAGAUCCCAACGGUGCGGGAUACGAUGCUGAUCCUUUCCGGCCAAGCGUGUGCGCUGUUCAACCAGGAUCUCGCCAACUGGUUUGGCGCAAAAGGUCUUCCGCCCACCGCCAACCUCGAUUCCACCCGAGCCAGCCUUUUUACCCCGUACGCCUCCCAGCCAGGUGAAGAGUGGAACUACGGCUUCAACAUCGACUGGGCAGGUCUAGCCAUCGAAGUCGUCACCGGACUCGACCUCGAAACCUACUACCGUCAAAACAUCUUCGAACCCCUCGGAAUCAAGGACAUCACCUUCAAGCCUCGUUCCGCCGGUCUCUUCGAUCGACUCGCUGCCAGUCACAUGCGUGGUCCCGACGGCGAAAUCCUCCCCUUCAUCCCCCUCCUGCUACCCGAAGAGGACAAGAUGGAAUCGAUCUAUCCAGGAGCAGGACUCUUCGGCAACGGUGCAGAGUACACCAAGAUCCUCGUGGCACUCUUGAACGGCGGAACCCAUCCCGCGGGUGGAACGAUCCUCAAACCGGAAACGGUGCAGCUGUUGAAGAAGGACCAGCUGGAGGGUAAAUUGGUGGACGACUUGGAGAGGAAGUUCGAUAGGGUGAUUCCGGAGGUGAUCAGCGAUCGGUUUGCUGGAUGUCUGUCGCCUGGACUGAAGAAGAACUGGGCCUACGGUGGGCUGCGUUUGAAAGGUGAGUAUUCCAACCGAAUCCCGUACAUCGCCUCUAGAACGCUGCUCACGGUGCUGACUAUCUCUUUAUUUUCUUGUUGGAACGUCGACAGAGAAACACCCGACUCGAGGACUGAGCGACGAUGGUGGAUCGACUUCAAAGACGGAACCUGCGGAAUGGUUCACACCCAGAUGAGUCCCUUCCCGGACAAAGCUUCCGAGGACAUGCUCGCCGAAGUCGAGAGCCUGGUCCACGCUGCCUAUGCCAAGUGA